CCGCCCCGGGGGAGGGGGCCCCCGGGGAGGGGGCCCCCGGGGAGGGGGCCCCCGGGGAGGGGGCCCCAGGGGGCCCCCAGGGAGAUGCAGCAGCAGGGGGGGAGGAGCAGCAGGGGGGGAGGGAAAAGGGGAAGAAGGAAAAGAAAAAAGAAAAGGAAAAAGAAAACAGUUUUGAAAUGGAAGGAAACGAAGUUGUGGACUUGAAAGUCAAGUUCAGGGGCACAGGAGAUUUCGAUAAGUGCUUCGAUCUCGCCUCAACACUCUUCUUUAACGCGCCUUGCUUUGUAAACCGCUGCUCCUUCAACGGGGUGUACCAACCAAGGCUGAGGGACAGCAAGAGCGGGUGCUUCUGCUCUCUGAAGGGCCCGCCCCUCUUGGGCCUUCGCGUCCAGGACUGCGCUCCCCGCAGGCCGCAGGGCUUAGGGUUUUUGGCGUUUGGGCAGCUGGCGAAGGUGUGGGGCGCGCUGGACCUCCCGAGUUCUCCGACUUUAAUUAAUUGGCAAAAAAAGACAAAAAGAAUUUGCGAACUGACGGAGGAGGGUCUUCAGGUGUACAGACAGCAGCACGCCAUCAAGGCCUACUCCCCGCGGGCGAUGAUGAAGCUGUGCUGGAAAGCCACGUGGAGCCUCGCGCUGCUCUCUCGAGGGUUUGGCUUUCCCCUCGACUCUCAGCAGAUUUCCUUCGCCAUUCCGGCCCCCCCAAACCCUUCCCUAAGACUCCGGAUCGAUCCCAAAACCGAUCCCAAAAACGAUCCCAAAACCGAUCCCAAACACGAUCCCAAACACGAUCCCAAACACGAUCCCAAACACGAUCCCAAAGGCGAUCCCAAAGGCGAUCCCAAACACGAUCCCAGAGGCGAUCCCAAAGGCGAUCCCGGAGGCGAUCCUGGAGUCGAUCCCAAACACGAUCCCGGAGUCGACCCCACAGUCGAUCCCGGAGUCGAUCCCAAACACGAUCCCAGAGGCGAUCCCGGAGUCGAUCCCGAAGACGAUCCCGAAGACGAUCCCGACCGCUCUUUGGAGGCGGGCUGGGCGCUGGGCUCCAUGAUCGUGGAUGUCAACCGCUACCCCGUGAUGGUGCCGGAGAAGUGCGUCGAGGCGAGGGCCCGCUGA